CUAUCUUGCAUUUCUUUCCGUGACGUCAUUAAAUAGUAUGUUAUGUACAGUGGAUUUACAAUUUUACAUAAUUUUGUAAGCAGUAUGUGUUUACAUAUCAGGUGUUUGGGAACUAAAAUAGUGGUCAUUGUCGGCGCUUUUCAGAUGUUACAGUUAUUUGUUGCAGAUAAAAGUGAAGGUAGUCGUAAAGUAUGAAGUCGUCCAGUUGUCUUUUUGCAGCAAUGCUGUUCAGCGUGGUCGCGAUAUCAGUCACCAAAGCAGAUUGCGGGGAUCCACCAAGUAUUCCGAAUGCUACUAACAAUAUAACUGGUACCUCGCCUUACCCACAAGAUACCACCAUACGCUAUGAUUGUGAACUCGGAUAUAAUCCAGUGGGAACCAGUCGCUUUUACACUUGCACUGGUACAACAUGGACGGACGGAAACUUCCGGUGUGAACAAAUUUAUUGUUCGCAUGUUGAAACACCGGAAAACGGACGAGUAGAGAACACCCCAACAUACGAAGUUGGUACAAUUAUUCAAUUUGCUUGUAACGAAGGCCAUGCGAUCUCCGGGCAAAACAAAAUGCUAUGUCGCAUAGAUGGUGAGUGGUUGCCUUCAACGCCACCGACAUGUACCGCAAGGGAUUGUGGGGAAUUCGGGUCAAUACAAGACGCAGAUUUAUUCCAGGAUAGCUCUUUUAUUGAAAGAAAUCACUAUGGUAGUGUCGUAGAGGUCACGUGCCUUGAUGGGACGACUCUCCUAGGACCAUCACAAGUUAAAUGUCAAGCUAAUGGUGAAUGGGGAUUGAGGCCAACAUGUGAAGACGUGCAGUGUCCAUCAUACCCAAAUACAGACUCGCCGUGUAUUUCAGAGUUACAAACUUUCGGUGUUUAUCUCUUUAUUAAUUGUAAGGAAGAUGUAGGUACACAUUUUGGACCAAAUGCUGCCGAGUGUAUAUCAGGUCAGUGGGAUACCACGGAAAUGGGAUGCUCAUGUGAUUGUAUACUACCAGACUAUAACACUAGUAGUUUAUCUCUAAAUGGCCUCAACGGUCAUGGUAAUCUUCCACAUGCAACGAAGCUGGAUUGGACGUGUCAUGGCACUAGCGUCAAAUUGUCUUUAAAGCGCGUCAAGUGUUUGGAUGGAAACUUUCAUAUAAAAGAUGAUCAAGAUAAUGAUAUGAUAUAUUCAAAUCCAUCUGAUUUUACUCGCAUUAUUUUGCCUCAGUUAUGUUAUUUACCAUCAUUAGUGUCAUCAUCAUCAGUAUCAUCUCAACCAUCAACAACGACAUCAACAACAUCAGACAUCUGGUCAAAACCAGAAACAAAAUCAUCACAAUCAAAAACACUACAUUCUUCCAUGUCGACACAAGUAACAGUCUCACCACAAUCAAUAAUGCUGUCAUCUACCAUUUCAUCACCUGUAACAGCCUCAUCACAAUCAAUAACGCCAUCAUCUACCAUUUCAUCACCUGUAACAGCCUCAUCACAAUCAAUAACGCCAUUAUCUACCAUUUCAUCACCUGUAACAGCCUCAUCACAAUCAAUAACGUCAUCAUCUACCAUGUCAACAACUUUAACAGUCUCGUCACAAUCAAUAACGCCAUCAUUUACAAUGUCAGCACCUAUAACAGCCUCAUCACAAUCAAUAACGUCAUCAUCUACCAUGUCAACACCUAUUACAGCCUCGUCACAAUCAAUAACGCCAUCAUCUACCAUGUCAACACCUGUAACGGCCUCGUCACAAUCAAUAACACCACAAUCUACCAUGUCAACAUCAUUAACAGUCUCAUCACACUCAAUAACGCCAUCAUCUACCAUGCCAACACCUAUAACGGCCUCGUCACAAUCAAUAACGCCAUCAUCCAUGUCAACACCUGUAACAGUCUCAUCACAAUCAAUUACGCCAUCAUCUACCAUGUUCACAUCAGUAACAGUAACAUCACUUACUAUAUCGACACAAUCAACAACACUUCCAUCUACCAUGUCAACACAAGUAACAGUCUCGUCACUUUCAACCAACCCUUUUACAAUAUCAUCUUUAUUUACAUUACCAUCAAAAUCAAUUUCAACGAUGUCAUCAUUAAAGGAAAUAUCGUCACGGUCAAUAUCACCGUAUUCGUCAAUCUCAAUACAAGACACAAAAAUGUUAAAAGAAAUUACAUCAUCUUUUUCAAUGCCAUCGACAGUUACAGUAUUGUCAAAAUCAGUUACAUUCUCGUCUAUAAUAUCAUCACAAGUUCCACUAGUAUCAAAGAUAAUAUUAUCGACUUCUACAUCUCUUUUGAGCACGAUGACGUCAAAGUUAACCACCGUUCCGGUAUAUUCUGCUUCAUCGUCAUUGCCAACCCCGCUUAAUGAUGCAACAACAACAACAGGUACUUAUGGUGUACAAAACAAAACGUUGUACAAUGCAAAAGUUACUGAGUCUACGUCACGUGGCCAAAUUAAUGUAACUGCAUCAACAGACAAUGAGUCAAAAGAUUACAUCAAUUCAGGCACGAUCCAUUUUGACUUUUUCCUCGGCUCAAGUAUCUGUUGCAUUUUUCAGAUGUUUCAUAUUCUUUGGCUGAAACUUUUUGGCACUAGUAUAGAGGAUAUAUAUGUAAAAACACAACGUGCUUAUUUUACAGUUAAGAAAAACUGUAAACAGACAGAAGACAAGAUGGCAUUGCUUGGUGUUUGUAAAGUCAUGCUGGCAUCUUUGUUAGCGAUAUCAGUCACCAAAGCAGAUUGCGGGGAUCCACCAAGUAUUCCGAAUGCUACUAACAACGUUACUGGUAUUUCGCCUUAUCAACAAGAUACCACCAUACGCUAUGAUUGUGAACUUGGAUAUAAUCCAGUGGGAACCAGCCGCUAUUACACUUGUACCGGUACAACAUGGACGGACGGAAACUUCCGGUGUGAACAAAUUUACUGUUCGCAUGUUGAAACACCAGAAAACGGACGAUUAGAGAACACGCCAACAUACGAAGUUGGUACAAUUAUUCAAUUUGCUUGUAAUGAAGGCUAUGCGAUGGCCGGGCAAAAUAAAAUGCUAUGUCGCAUAGAUGGGGAGUGGCUACCUUCAACGCCACCGACAUGUACCGCAAGGGAUUGUGGGGAAUUCGGGUCAAUACAAGACGCAGAUUUAUUCCAGGAUAACUCUUAUAUUGAAAGAAAUCACUAUGGUAGUGUCGUAGAGGUCACGUGCCUUGAUGGGACGACUCUCCUAGGACCAUCACAAGUUAAAUGUCAAGCUAAUGGUGAAUGGGGGUUGAGGCCAACAUGUGAAGACGUGCAGUGUCCACCAUACCCAAAUACAGACUCGCCGUGUAUUUCAGAGUUACAAACGUUUGGUGUUUAUCUCUUUAUUAAUUGUAAAGAAGGUGUAGCUACACAUUUUGGACCAAAUGCUGCGGAGUGUAUAUCAGGUCAGUGGGAUACCACAGAAAUGGGAUGCUUAUGUGACUGUAUAAUACCAGAGUAUAAUUCUAGUACUUUGACUCUAAAUGGCCUCAACAGUCAUGGUAAUCUACCUCAUGCCACGGCAUUGGAAUGGACUUGUCAUGGCACUAGCGUCAAAUCUUUAAUGUUCGUCAUGUGUUUGGAUGGAAAAUUUAAUAUACAAGAUGAUCAAGAUAAUGAUAUGAUAUAUUCAAAUCCAUAUGAUUUUACUCGCAUUAUUUUGCCUCAGUUAUGUAAUUUACCACCAUUAGUGUCAUCAUCAUCAUUAUCAUCUCAACCAUCAACAACGACAUCAACAACAUCAAAAAUCUGGUCAAAACCAGAAACAAAAUCCUCACAAUCAAAAACACUAAAUUCUUCCAUGUCGACACAAGUAACACCCUCACCACAAUCAAUAAUGCCGUCAUCUACCAUGUCAACACCUGUUACAGCCUCAUCACAAUCAAUCACGGCAUCAUCUACAAUAUCAACACCUGUAACGGUCUCAUCACAAUCAAUAACGCCAUCAUCUAUCAUGUCAAUAUCUGUAACAGCCUCGUCACAAUCAAUAACGCAAUCACCUACCAUGUCAAAACCUGUAACUGCCUCGUCACAAUCAAUUACGCCAUCAUCUAUCAUGUCAACACCUGUAACGGCCUUGUCACAAUCAAUAAAGCCAUCAUCUACCAUGUCAACACCUGUAACAACCUCAUCACGAUCAAUAACGCAAUCACCUACCAUGUCAACACCUGUAACGGCCUCGUCACAAUCAAUAAUGCCAUCAUCUACCAUGUCAACACGUGUAACGGUCUCAUCCCGAUCAAUAACGCCACCAUCUACCAUGUCAACACCUGUAACGGUCUCAUCACAAUCAAUAACGCCAUCAUCUACCAUAUCAACACCUGUAACGGUCUCAUCACAAUCAAUAACGCCACCAUCUACCAUGUCAACACCUGUUACAGCCUCAUCACAAUCAAUAACGCAAUCACCUACCAUGUCAACACCUAUAACAGCCACAUCACAAUCAAUAACGCCAUCAUCUGCCUUGUCAGCACCUGUAACAACCACGUCACAAUCAAAAGCGUCAUCAUCUACCAUGUCAAUACCUGUAACGGCCUCGUCACAAUCAAUAACGUCAUCAUCUACCAUGUCAACACCUAUAACAGGCUCAUCACAAUCAAUAACGCAAUCAUCUACCAUGUCAACACCUGUAACAGUCUCAUCACAAACAAUAACGCCAUCAUCUACCAUGUCAACACCUGUAACGGCCUCAUCACAAUCAAUAACGCCAUCUACCAUGUCAACACCUGUAACAGACUCAUCACAAUCAAUAACGCCAUCAUCUACCAUGUCAACACCUGUUACAGCCUCAUCACAAUCAAUAACGCCAUCGUCUACCUUGUCAACACCUGAUACAGCCUCAUCACAAUCAAUAAUGCCAUCGCCUACCAUGUCAACACCUGAAACAGCCUCAUCACAAUCAAUAACGCCAUCAUCUACCAUGUCAACACCUGUUACAGUCUCAUCACAAUCAAUAACGUCAUCAUCUACCUUGUCAAUACCUUUAACAACCUCAUCACAAUCAAUAGCGCCAUCAUCUACCAUGACAAUACCUGUAACAACCUCGUCACAAUCAAUUACGCUAUCACAAUCAAUAACGCCAUCGUCUACCUUGUCAAUACCUGUAACAGUCUCAUCACAAUCAAUAACGCCAUCAUCUACCAUGUCAAUACCUGCAACGACCUCGUCACAAUCAAUAACGCCAUCAUCUGCCAUGUCAACCCCUGUAACGACCUUGUCACAAUCAAUAACGCCAUCAUCUACCAUGUCAAUACCUGUAACUGUCUCAUCACAAUCAAUAACGCCAUCAUCUACCAUGCAAACACCUGCAACGACCUCGUCAAAAUCAACAACGCCAUCAUCUACCAUGUCAACAUCGAAUACUCUAAUACCAGUUACAAUAUUGACACAAUCAACAACACUUCCAUCUACCAUGUCAACACAAGAAACAGCAACAUCACUUUCAACCACACCUUUUACAAUAUCAUCUUCAUUUACGUUACCAUCACAAUCAAUUUCAUUGUCUUCAACGAUUCAAUCCUUAAAUGAAAUAUCGUUACGAUCAAUAACACCGUCUUCGUCCAUCUCAAUACAAGACACAAAAAUUAUAAAAGAAAUCACAUCCUCUUGUACAAUGUCAUCGUUAGUUACAGUAUUGUCAAAAUCAGUUACAUCAUCGUUUUUAAUAUCACCACAAGUUCCACUAAUGUCAAAGAUAAAAUCAUUCUCUUCUAAAACUCUACCGAGCACGAUGAUAACCACCGUUCCGGUAUAUUCUGCUUCAUCGUCAAUAUCAACACCGCUUACUGAUGCAGCAACAACAACAAGUACUUACGUUGAACAAAACAAUACGCUGUUCAAUGCGAAAGUUACCGAUGCUAUGUCACGUGGCCAAAUUAAUGUAAUUGCCUCAACAGACAAUGAGUCAAAAGAUUAUAUCAAUUCAGGCACGAUCAAUUUUGACUUUUCCCUCGGCUCAAAUAUCUGUUGCAUUUUCCUGAUAUUUAAUAUUCUCUGAAUGAAACUUUGAUUUUGGGAGCCAUAAUAACUGUUCAUGGUUACAUCUCGAGUCGCCACUCACCUCAAGUUUAUGCUCCCGUGGACACUUUAAGAAACUCCAAAAUUUAGCUUGAGUGACAUACAGACAAAUCAAACAACUUGCCCCUAAUUGCUGUGUAUUUGAAUCCAGUUAGGGACCUGGAUACUUUCUUCUAGCUUAGAGAAGGUCGGAUGUUCUACUCCUGAGCCCGCUCAUGUCAGACUCACGAUAGGCACCUGACGUCAUCAUCGACCAGUUAAGCUAGAAUUUCACCAUAUGCGACCAUUUGUCGGAGUGGCUUGAAUCACACACACGCGCUCGCGCGUGUAAGCACGCACACACACACACGCACACGCGCACACGCACACACACGCGCGCGCACGCGCACGCACUUAAACACACACACGCGCACACGCACACACACAAUCAUAUUAGUCGGAUAUUUUCUUAACAUGAUUUUAGCAGUAUUCAGUCUAAAAUACACGAGAAGACGUAAAUAUCACAUAUAUUUAGUUAAUAAUGCAUUAUCUUAGAGUUUGUUAUGAUGAUGCAUUUUUUCUUUCAUGUGUUCGUCUUUCUUUAUACUGUUAAACUAAGAUUUCAUUUUACAUGAUGUAGCUCAGAUAUUUUUAUAUAAAGGGCGUUGCGGUAUUCAAUCACAUCCUUGUAUUAAGCAGUUUAUACGAACAAAAUCAUUUGUACAUCUUAAAAUUCUACUUAUGUAAAGCAUGUGGAGUUGUACAUAUUCGCACUGCAAAAAGUAAUUAAACUGUUGCUAAAUAACGAUCUU